AUGUCUGUCACCAUUGAAACUACCGAAGUCCCAACUGCCCCCAUGUCUUCCGAGCCUAUUCUGCUCGGCCAGAAGUCCAGAAUGCCCGAAUUCAGUCUCGCCGGCAAGGUGGUACUGGUCUCUGGUGCUGGCCGUGGUCUUGGAUUGACUCAAGCAGAGGCCCUUUUGGAAGCCGGUGCAAAGGUGUACGCCCUUGACCGUCUCGAGGACCCGGCCCCCGAAUUCAUCCAGAUCCAGCAACGCGCAAAGGAGCUAGGCACCGAGCUGCACUACCGUCGCAUCGACGUACGUGACACAGAGCUCCUCAACAGCGUGAUCGAAACCAUCGCCAACGAAGAAGGCCGCAUGGAUGGUCUCGUCGCUGCCGCGGGUAUCCAACAGGAAACUCCAGCCCUGGAGUACACCGCCAAAGACAGCAACACCAUGUUCGAAGUCAACGUCACAGGCGUGUUCAUGACCUCACAAGCAGUGGCCAAGCAAAUGAUUCGCUUUGGGAACGGAGGUAGUAUCGCCAUGAUCGCCUCUAUGAGUGGCACUAUAGUCAAUCGGGGUCUUAUUUGUCCCGCUUACAACGCUAGCAAGGCGGCCGUCCUCCAGCUUGCUCGUAACCUCGCUGCUGAAUGGGGCCAGUACAACAUUCGCGUCAACACUAUCUCCCCGGGUUACAUCGUCACUUCCAUGGUUGAAAACUUGUUCGUUCAAUUCCCAGAGCGUCGCGACCAGUGGCCUAAGGAGAACAUGCUUGGCCGUCUCUCUCGUCCCGAGGAGUACCGUGGUGCUGCCAUCUUCCUGCUUAGUGACGCUAGCACUUUCAUGACUGGUAGCGACCUGCGCAUGGAUGGCGGCCACGCGGCUUGGUAG